GAUGUGACUACAGUAAAUGUUCAGCUAAUAGUAAGAGCUCGGUGUGAAAUAAGGGUUACGGUGUUCUCGUCUGUUACAUCUUAACCGAAUUAUUAAAAGAACGCCAUCAAGAAAGAGUGAAAGCGGAGUUAUUAGGCUAACCCUCAACCAUCGAGUUAUGAAGGUGAUAAUUCUGGUUCUUGUGGUGUCCUCUAUCGGCCAUCAGGGAAGAGCUGGUACUCCCUGUCCCCCUGAGAAAGACAUCUACCCCUGGUUCUGUAUCAACACACCAACCUCGCACCACUACACUUUCACUACUGUUAUCUGUAAUAGACACAAGUGUGAGCGUCAUCUUGAAAACAUUGACGGCAGAGCUGGCCACAUGAUGUACGACAGAGUUAUUAUUUCCGGUGUGAUCAAAGAAAAGAAGAUGAAAAAUGGAAGCGUAUUAAGUCUUCCGCACAACUGGUUGUGGACAUCUCGAGUCCGGGAGCUGGAAAUCCGUGGCACUCCACUCUCGGGCUGUUUUUUAUGUGACAGCCCCCUAAGUGAGCAGAAACAUUAUCUUAACAAACUCGUUGUUUCAAACAGUGUUCUGAGUGGAACGGUUUGUAAUAAUUGUAAGGAACGUGAUGUGAACAAUGACAUCGUGGACACGUCAGGCCUCAGACAUCUACGUACUUUAGAAACACUCGACUUUUCCUUCAAUAAUCUUGAAAAAAUUACGGUUACAUCGUUUCCUUCUGAUCUGGUUAGCCUAAAAACAAUGGUGUUAUCACAUAACUUAAUAUCUGACGUCAGCAGUAAGGCCUUUACCAUCUUUCCCGCUUUAACCGACCUGGAUCUUUCCCAUAAUCAACUAAAAAUCCUUAAUAGAGAUGUGUUUCUUAACCCUAACCGUAAUCUUAAAACGCUGAACAUAAGCUGGAACAAACUGUCAGUCCUUCCUGAAGGCCUAUUUUCCCAGAUGGUUGGUCUGCUUGAAGUGAACCUUGCUAACAAUCUUCUUCAGUUUUUACCUUCAACUACCUGGAACCAUGAUUUGACUGCUGUUCGUACAAUUAAUCUCACGGGUAAGUUUAAUGUUCUACAUUCAAU